AUGUCUAUCAUCACAGCAUGCAAAUUAUUAAAUCAUUUAAAUGAAACAGGAAAUGAAGAAUUUUAUGUUGGUACUCAGUGGAGUGAUUUACAAAUUAAAAUAAUAAUUGUAAGAGCUGAUAAUGCAGUUUUAGUGGGUGAGAUUUUUUUAUUAGAAUUUAAUAAAUAUGCAAGAGCAUUCGAGAAGACAUUGGAAGAAUAUUUAAAAGAUACCGAAGAUAUUUUAUCUGGAAAAAAUGAUGAAGUUCAAUAUUUUUUAGAAGAUCAAAAAUUUUAUUGGAAAAAGAAAAGGUGGUAUCUUGGACAAAUAAAUAUUAAAUUAGUUAAUGAAUUUGAAUGUAUGAAAGAUUUUACUGUGCUUUUAAUAGACCAGUACUCAAAAUUAAAGAAUUGUAUAAUUCAAUUGCAUAAAAAUAAUGAAUAUUUAAAAAACAAUAAUUCAAAAUUAACAAGUAAAUUGAAUAAAAUGAUUCUUUUAAAAAAUGAAUUUGAAAAGAAAUUGUAUAAAAAAUUUAUCCUAUUAAUUAAUACAAAAAAAGCGAAAAUUGGAGAAUUAAAAAGUAAAUUAGAUCAAUUGAAAAAAAAAAACUGCAUUUAUGAUGUAAAAACUGAUGAAAGUGAUAAUGAAUCCAAUGCAUUAAGUGAUUUUACUAGUCAUUCGAAGUUAAUAGAAAAAUCAAUAAAAAAAAGAUUACUUAAUGAAGAUUUUAAAAAACUUAAUGAAAAAAGGAGUAUGCAGUUAACGCCUAAUCUUGGAGAAGACGAAGAAACACCAGAUUUACUAUUUGACGAAAGUGAAUGUGAAGUGGAAUUAAAAUUUGAAGAAGAAAAUCUUGAAGAUGUGCGUAAACAUGAAAUCAGUAUAAUACAGGAAGAUUCGGAAGAGGAAAUGUUCUAAAUGAUCAAAUAUCCAUUAGAGUCUAUAAUUAAUGUAAUAUAAUGAUCUAUUUUAAAGUAAUGAAAUAUAUAGCAAAGUUUAAAAUUUUAUUUAGUAACGAAAUACUUAUAUUCAUUUAUAAAUUAAGUUUUUGAACACGUAUUUAGAUACACAAAA